CAGGCAUGUGAUUCUCCCAACGCUUCCUGAAAACAACGGCUGAUGCUCUAGGAAACAUCACAUACUUUACUUUCAGUCUUUUAUUCUCUUGUAGUAAAUCGGAAUGAAAAUGCACUUUACACUUUUGUUUUGCAUCUUCGUGGUCGGGACGAAGGCGGGGAAGUACUCAAAAGAAGUGAACGAACAAUCUGAUAAAGGCGACAAUCAAGUGGAAUUUAGGAUUGCCAAAAUUAAUCAGGUUUGGGGAAAGGCGAUAAAGAUGCAGCUUGCACCGGUGCGCCUGUCAGAACUACACAGCGACUUGAAGAUCCAGGAGAAAGAUGAACUUCAGUGGAAGAAACUGAAGGCUGAAGGGCUGGACGAGGAUGGAGAGAGAGAAGCCAAGCUCAGGCGCAACUUCAGUAUUAUUCUAGCAAAGUAUGGAAUGGACGGGAAAAAAGACACCCGGACAUUGGACAGCAACAGGUUAAAAGAUCAUGACGUUAAAGAAGGAGAUACAUUUGAUGACCCAAGACUGGACAAGCUGUGGAACAAGGCCAAAACUUCUGGAAAGUUCUCUGAUGAGGAACUGCAAAGUCUUCUGAGAGAAUUCCAGCACCACAAGGACAAGAUCAAUGAGUACAACAUCGUCAUGGAUACUGUGAGUCGAACCGAAGAGAUCCAUAAAAAUGUAAUAAGUCCUCUGGAGGGUGAUGUGAAGGAACAUGUGCUCCAUCAAAAACACGAUGAUCUGAAGCAGAGAAUGAGAGACCUUAACCAGGGCUUUGAACGACUGCGCAAAAUUACCCAUGAGGGAUACAGUGAUGACACCGAAUUCAAAGAGCCAAGAGUCACAGAGCUUUGGGAGAUGGCAAAAAGAUCCAAUCUCAGCGAGGAUGAGCUUGACUCUCUUAAAGAGGAGCUGAGACACUUUGAAACAAAGGUGGAAAAGCACCACCAUUAUCAGGAGCAGUUGGAGCUGUCUCAUCAGAAACUGAAGCACGUGGAGGCCCUGGGAGACGAGGACCACAUCGUAAGAUCCAAAGAGAAAUACCAGACUCUUGCUGAGAAGGCACGAGAAAUGGGAUACAAGAUGAAGAAACACUUGCAGGACAUUACAAAUAAGAUUUCCAGAAAUGGAUUGCAACACAACGAACUCUGAAUGGUGUUUUCAUCACCAUGGCAACUACAGCUUGCUAUAAUCAUUCACAUUUCACAUAAUCCUGUUCCCUCUGUUUAUAUACUAAUGUUAUUCAACACAUUGAAUGGGGAUUAUGACAGAUAGGACCUUAAUGUACAUUAAAUUGA